UCAUCGACUAGCGUUGAGCAGCGCAGCAUACAUGAUGGCGAGGCCCUUGUAGCAAGGACAGAAAACUUUGCUGAAGACCUCGUAUCAAGAGACUUGGAAAAGCGAAAGUUUUCUAUUGGGGGUGCUCUAAAAACUGCCGCUUCUGUCGUCAAGAAGGUAGCGAAGGCUGCACCGAAAGUCUUGCCAAAAGUAGCUUCAAAGGCAAAGUCUGUCCAAAAGUCUGCUCCCAAGAAGGCUUCUCCCUAA